AUGGCGGACGAGGGGAGCGAGGGGCUGCCGCGCUCCGUCCUGCCGGGCCCGCUGAGGGGCGGCAGCUCCGGGGGCGGCGGCGGCGGAGGCUCGGGCUCCUUGUCGUCGUCGUCGUCGUCGUCCGCAGCAGCAGCCGCGACAGGCUCGGCGCCGGCUCCCUCCUCCUCCUCCUCCACCGCCGCCGCCCCCACGGCUCCCCCGCCGCCGACGCCUCCCCCGGCGGGGCCUCGCGUGGUCCGCAUCGUCAAGUCGGAAUCCGGCUACGGGUUCAACGUGCGCGGGCAAGUGAGCGAGGGCGGGCAGCUGCGCAGCAUCAACGGGGAGCUCUACGCGCCGCUGCAGCACGUCAGCGCCGUCCUGGGCGGGGGGGCGGCCGAGCGCGCCGGGGUGCGCAAAGGGGACCGCAUCCUCGAGGUGAACGGCGUGAACGUCGAAGGGGCGACGCACAAGCAAGUGGUGGACCUGAUCCGGGCGGGAGAGAAGGAGCUGAUCCUGACGGUUCUGUCAGUGCCCCCCCACGAGGCCGACAACCUCGACCCGAGCGACGACUCUCUGGGCCAGUCGUUUUACGACUACACUGAGAAGCAGGCGGUGCCCAUCUCCAUCCCCACCUACAAGCAUGUGGAACAGAAUGGUGAGAAGUUUGUGGUCUACAACGUUUACAUGGCAGGCCGGCAGCUGUGUUCCAAGCGGUACCGCGAGUUCGCCAUCCUGCACCAGAACUUGAAGCGGGAGUUUGCCAGCUUCACCUUCCCCCGUCUGCCGGGCAAGUGGCCCUUCUCGUUGUCAGAGCAGCAGCUGGAUGCCAGGCGACGGGGGCUGGAGGAAUACCUUGAAAAGGUGUGUUCCAUCCGGGUCAUCGGGGAGAGCGACAUCAUGCAGGAGUUCUUGUCAGAGUCAGAUGAGAACUACAACGGCGUGUCGGACGUGGAGCUCAGAGUGGCGCUUCCGGACAUCACGACAGUGACCGUCCGGGUCAAAAAGAACAGCACCACGGACCAGGUGUAUCAGGCUGUUGCUGCCAAAGUUGGGAUGGACAGCACAACCGCCAACUACUUUGCCUUGUUUGAAGUGAUCAAUCACUCUUUUGUGCGGAAGCUGGCGCCCAACGAGUUCCCCCACAAGCUCUACGUGCAGAACUACACCUCGGCCGUGCCGGGGACCUGCCUGACGAUCCGGAAGUGGCUCUUCACCACGGAGGAGGAGGUCCUUCUGAACGACAACGACCUGGCGGUCACCUAUUUCUUCCACCAGGCUGUUGAUGACGUGAAGAAGGGCUACAUUAAAGCCGAGGAGAAGUCCUACCAGCUGCAGAAGCUCUGUGAGCAACGGAAGAUGGUCAUGUACCUGAACAUGCUGCGGACCUGCGAGGGUUACAACGAGAUCAUCUUCCCGCACUGCUCCUGCGACUCUCGGCGGAAGGGUCACGUGAUCACAGCCAUCAGCAUCAAGCACUUUAAACUCCACGCCUGCACCGAGGAGGGUCAGCUAGAGAACCAGGUAAUAGCCUUCGAAUGGGACGAGAUGCAGCGAUGGGACACCGACGAGGAGGGCAUGGCGUUCUGCUUCGAAUAUGCGCGGGGGGAAAAGAAGCCACGCUGGGUGAAGAUCUUCACCCCUUACUUUAACUACAUGCACGAAUGUUUCGAGCGAGUGUUCUGCGAGCUCAAGUGGCGGAAAGAGGUGGAGGAAGAGGCGACAGACAAGGAUAACAAGAAUUGCAGUAAAGACAACAUGUGCAGCAAGAACAUCUUUCAGAUGAUGCGGACACAGCACAGAGACAUUACGACUUAGCCUCGCGGCCGCCAUGGACAAAAACAGACAACCACA